AUGGGCUUACAGCAACACAUUAACCAACCUGAUAUCUAUUUUUCUGACCAUUGUUCCAUAUUAUUCUCCAAACCGCAACUGUCAAGGAAGAAGGUAACUUUUAGGAAAACGAAAGCUAUUAAUACAACCACAUUCGUGGCGGAUCUGUCUGCUACUAAAUUGUGUCAGCACCCUCCAUCUGAGCUAGACAAGCUAGUAGAUUGCUAUAAUACCACACCAGCAGAUUUAUUGGAUCACCAUGCUCCUCUCAAAACCAAGACUGUUACGGUUAGACCUCAAGUGCCUUGGUAUUCGGAGGAAGUUCGUGUAGCGAAGAGAGAGCGUCGACGAGCUGAAAGGAAAUGGAGGUCUUCUGGGACUGCUGCUGACUUUGAGUCAUUCAAGAGGAAAAAAAUCGUAACUCAUUUGCUAAGAGUAGCUAAAUCGGAAUUUCUCACUGACUUCAUUGAUCAGAAUGCGGACAAUCAAGGCAAAUUAUUUCGAGCUGUGAAAGACCUUUUGGUUGAGAACAACACGCUAUGUUUCUCUGACUAUACGGAUACGACAGCACUGGUAAACGAGUUAGGGAUGCAUUUUGUGCAGAAAGUUAUUCGGAUUCGAGAUGAGCUCGAUUUGGGUAUCGCGACUACGAACGAUGUCCUGGAUUAUAGUGGCACUAUACCUGACCCACCGGCUCCAUCUGUUUUUGAAUCAUUUGCGUUGCAAUCUCGUACCCAGAGCCAUCGUUGAGUGGCUCUGGCCACACGAGUUGAGUUAAUUAGAAAAUACGGUAAAAGUACAGUAUUUUCCAAUUAACUAUUUCGUACCCAUUCUCCGGGAAUUCGCGCGCGCCAUAGUAUUUUCAAGAGGAGUGGAGAGCUAACUUUUUGCUGAAAAUAUCAAUAAAAUCGCAAUUUUCCCGUCAAAAGCAUUAAAAUAUGUUCGGCGCAGUUUGUGUGAACAACAAGGAUACUGAGUGCACGUGUGAUUUCCGUUUUACAAGUAAUUUGAGAUGAUUGAAACACCGGCUUGUACACAUGUCAACACUCAUCGAGUCAUCGAUCAUUUAUUUUGUCUCAAAUGGCUUCUAUUUCCUUCAAAAUGUUCCGAUUUCUUCUUAAGGUAUAAGUACGUUUAAUUAUUUGUUAUAUAAAUGUAAUUUAAUGACUCUCAGCUUUAUUAAAUAUGCUAUUCUUGAGCAAGAAAGUUGCUUGUUGCACACUGCCUUGGUUACCUUUAAAUAUUCUUUAAUUUGUUACAAUUUAAUAAGAAUUUAUAUUGUUCAUGUCAUUAUUUUGUUUCAAGGUUAAUUUUUGAAUCUUGGGCUCCGAAUUUCCAUCCUAAUUGUAGUCUAUUUAGGAUACCACAAAAGAUAUUGUGUACCCCCUAAAAAUGCAGCAGAUUUUCAGAAAUUCUAUAGAAUCCUAUAGCAUCCUGUGAGCUGAUCAUACCCAGUAUUUAUUACUAUUAUACAUGCAUUAUUAUGAAUCUAUCAUACCUAGGGAAUUUAAAACCAAAUAUUAUUCUUCAUACAAUGAUAAAAUAAAGAUAUUUUUCUCAAUAAAGAAGGACUGUACUGCUGUAGUAAUUGAGCAAAAGCCUGUAGCAGUAUACCUGUGUGUGUUUAAUGGUUGACUAUUUUAUAACUUUAGUAUUACAUUUCUUUCAGAUACACCUGGGGCUGUACAUAUGAUAAUCUUUCUAUUAUGCCAAUACCAGUACAUCCAGAAACAAUGGAAAUCAGUUUCAAGUCAAAAUUAUACAGUUCUGUAUUCUGGAACAGUAAAUAGCUUGGCAUGUUGCAUUAUAAUGAAGAGUUUAAUAUAAUGAAAUACUCAAGAAAGGAAUAGUAUUGUUGGAGAAGUGACAUUGCUCAUUAGUUAUGUGAUAAAAAUAAGUUAGGUUAAAGAAUCAAGAAUCACAUCUGGCCUGAUUAAUAACAAUGUCCUGCUUGAAUAAGUGUAAUAUCAUUUACACUUUCAUGCUUGUAUUGCUUGAUAUAUGUUGAUGUGUAGAAUGACAUAUUAUUGAAAUCAAUAAAGGGUUUUCAGAACUUGCAAUUUAUUUUAUGGUACCACUGGGAGGUUGUGCAGGGCCCAGAGUAAAACUUUUCCAGGGAGACCAUAUGACAUCAUUAAGUUUUCCCAGGGGUCCCCAUGACAUCAUAAUUAUUAAAUGGGAGAAGAGGUGUUUUACAAUAUAUUACACUUUACUGCAUAUUAUCUGGCACUGAUACAACUCUUUGUGCUUUGGAGACCCCUUUUGAGCUGGGCUUUUGCCUGCAUCCCUACUUUCGGCAGUCCUGAAAUUGUUUAAGAUGUAUGAAGUUAUAUGAUAGUUUACUAAUAAACCUAAAAUUUGGUUUUAGUAGUCAUAUUCUGAAAAAGUAAAGUUGUUUUUGUUGAGCAUUGGACUUCAAAUACAAUUGUUAAUUGUUGCACACUCAAUUGUCCAAUAUUACAAGAAUGAACAUCUGAUAUUUAUAUAUAGUACUACCUGAAAAAACAAGCAGAAAUUUGAUGUUUCGAGUGAAGGCCCUUUGUCAAGAGUUAGUAGCCAAUGUCGAGUUUCUGCUUGUUUUUUUUUUCAGGUAGUAUUACUAUAUAACCACUCAGCACAGCAAGACUGUGGAAUAGUUGACAAUCAUUUAUUUACCAGUUUUAGUGGAACCAUUGUAUAAAUUGUGUAGACGGUUUCAUAUUAUGACAUACUGUAUGUAGUACAUACUGCUAUUGUUAAAGACCAUGUAAAGUCUGUUCUGCACAUGCAUUCUGCAAGCCUACAUUCCAAUGGUCGGGACCCGAUAUAUUAAUAAUGGAAUGUUAUUAAUAUUUUGCACCUUCCAAACUUUCUAGAAUUGAAUCUCUGGUCUGUAUUCAUUUACAAACAUAGCAAACCAGAAGAAUUAAAAUUCAAUAUAAUGGGUUCAGAAUGUAAACAAAGAGUUUGUUUACAUUACUUUACAUGGCCUUUAAUGAAACCUUUUUUGGCUGCUAACACCAAUGUUUCUGACAGAGUUGUACAGGUAAUACUGUAAACAGAAACAAUAUAUUAUAUCAUCAAACAAUUCUAUCAAACAAGUUGCAAAAGAAUCCAAAUGCUGUUUCAGCUGUUUAAUUGUCACAUUCAAACCAUGAUGAUUCAUACAUUUACAGUUCAAUUAAAAAAUCCCAAAUCUUGUAUAAACACAGUCCUAGCAUACGUGUACGCUUGUAAGUCUUGUACGCUUGAAUUUCUUUUUAAUAAUAACACUCCAAUAUAGUAGAUCAAAGACAUAUGCCAUCAUUCCCAUCAAUAUACUCACUCAGAGUGAACCAAGAGUAUGAAUUAUUACCAUAACGAAGUCUGUUAUUUUGUCCAAAGAAUUAAAGUAUGCAUAAAUCAACUCCUUAAUCCCUUCACCACUUUUUCGGACGAAAAGCAACAAAAACUUCGUUGAAAUAAGCAAAUUUUCAGGCAAAAUAUUAGCAAAUAUAUCGUAUUCACUCAUAUUGGCCGCGCAUGUGAACGCCACAGGGGGUAUGGGUCCAAUAGCUUAUGGAUUGACCAAUCAGGAUCGUUUUUCAAUCCCGUGUGGCCAGAGCCACUCAACGAUGGCUCUGGGUACGAGAUUGUUUGCGUUGCUGACGGAGGACGAUGUGCGCAUGCUCAUUGCCAACUCUAAAUCCACAUCCUGCUGUCUUGAUCCUGUCCCCACGCCUCUACUAAAAUCAUGUAUCGAGUCUCUUAUACCAGUGAUCACUAAAAUAAUUAACACCUCAUUGGAAUCAGGAGUUUUCCCUGAGGACUGGAAAGUGGCCGUAGUCAAACCAUUGUUAAAGAAACUGGGCCUUGACCCGCUGUUUAUGAACUUGCGUCCUGUUAGUAAUUUAGCUUAUAUCUCUAAGCUCAUUGAGCGUGCUGUAUUUAAUCAGAUUUAUGACCACUUGGUUCAGUCAGGUCUUUAUCCUCUACUGCAAUCAGCUUAUCGUCAGUACCAUAGCACAGAGACAGCGCUACUCAAGGUUGCUAACGAUAUUCUUAUGAAUAUGAACUUGCAACGCGUUACGUUACUUGUCCUUUUGGAUUUAAGCGCUGCGUUCGAUACAGUGGAUCAUGAGUUUUACUGUCACGCUUGUCUUCGAGUUUUGGUAUUCGGGGAAAGGCUCUAGAGUGGUUUUCUUCAUAUUUGUCAGGGCGUAGCCAGCGCAUCGUGUUUGACGGAGUUACAUCAGAAAGCUGUGAUGUGCGCUUCGGGGUCCCACAAGGGAGUUGCCUUGGUCCGCUUCUCUUUGUUAUGUACGCUUCAAAGCUUUUUGAGAUUGUUCAAGCACACCUCCCUGAUGCCCAUGGUUUUGCCGAUGAUACGCAAUUAUACCUGUCAUUCAAUCCUAAUAAUCCCGCUCAUCAAACGGAGGCCUUGUCUGCCAUGGAGGGAUGUAUUAGUGACUUGAGGAAAUGGAUGUAUCAGGACAAGCUAAAGUUAAAUGACGAUAAAACUGAAUUUCCUAUCAUCGGAUCUAGACAACAGAUUUUGAAAGUUAACCCUUGUACGAUUCGCGUUGGCAAUACCGAGAUCAAGCCAGUUUCGGAAGCGCGUAAUCUGGGCUCUUGGUUCGAUUCAAAUUUAUCCAUGUCCACCCAUAUUUCUAAGUCUUGUGGUGCUACAUUUUGCUGGCUACAUAAAAUCAAGCGCAUAAGUAAAUUCCUUGCAAAGGAUCAAUUAGAAAUGAUCUUGCAUGCCUUUGUUACAAGUAGAAUUGACUAUUGCAACGGACUUCUCUAUGGAUUGCCGGACUGUGACAUAGUUAAAUUACAGCGAGUUCAGAACACUGCGGCCAGGCUGCUAACGUCUACUAGCAAGUACAGCCAUAUUACGCCUGUUUUACAGGAACUACACUGGUUGCCAGUUAGGUUUAGGAUUCAUUUUAAGAUUUUACUUUUAACUUUCAAAGCUCUUAACGGCUUGGCGCCAGAUUAUAUUAGGGAACUUAUUAAGAUAAGGAAACAUGAACGUUACUCGCUCCGUUCCAAUUCAGGUAUUAUCAUCUCACAUCCAGUGGGGAAGAUGUUAAAAUCAUUCGGAGACAGAUCUUUUAGUGUGGCUGCGCCAACACUCUGGAAUGCACUUCCUGUAAGCCUUCGGAGUAGCAGUUCUCUUUCAAUUUUUAAAUCCUCUCUGAAAACAUAUCUUUUUAAGCUAGCUUUUAGCCUCCAUUAAAUGUAUAUAUUUAAGAUUAUUAAUAGUUGCAUGUAUAAUAGAGUGUAUUGUAAUGCGCUUUUGAUCAUUGUAUGUAAAAAGCGCAAUAUAAAUUAUUAAAUUAUUAUUAUUACUGUGUCCUGACUGCUAAACGCAUAUAAAAUUCAAUUUUUGUUCAUAUGAAAAAGAGCCAGCCCGGUUAGGCGAGAUGUCACCUUGAGCAUAAGGGGGAUAACAUUUUCGAUAUAAAGGCUUUAUCCGACCUGACUAGGAUGGACAUUUUUUGAAAAUUUUGAUCUAAAAUAUCGUACUCAACGGCACAGUUGGGAAAUGCAAACAAAAAAUAAACAUUAAUACUAGACCUAAACAGACACUAUUAAAUUGGUAAUACAAGGCUCUGUUUGUUUAAUUACAACAAAAUAUAUUUCAAUGACGCCAUGUUUACAUUAUUUAAUUAAUGUCGUCCCACCGAGACGGGAUAUUAGGUGGGAUAAAAACAGCCAUUGAACAAAGAAAUAAUUCAUCCUGCUUAGGUAAGCUUCCCGCCAAAAACCGGGCUCAUAUGAACGCAGCUUAGAAACCACGGAACAGCCCGGCUAGCCGGGAUAAAUCGUGUCACUAAAAUGUUUUGCUGUAAAAUAAAACUAAACAUAAAAACGCGCGAAGAUAUUUGACUGAGCCCACGGUACCAUGCAAUGAAUACUCAGCGACAUGGCCACUUUUUGAACAAGUGGGAAAUUUGUCUGCGCAUGCGCUACAAUUUGCGCGGUUUAAGAGAAAGAGUCUUGGGACGAGUAAAUAUAGUAUUUGAGCGUUGUAUUGGUUGUAUUGAGCGCAAUCUCGUUCCCCGAGCCUGCGAUCCUCGGGAAGGAAUCGAAGGCUCUGGGAUAAUCCGUUACCGAAAGCCAAGAAUCAUGGCUAAGAUUGAACUACGCAUUCCAUAUCAAUGGCCAAUCAGAUUCCUCCCUGAAACGGAUUAUCCCAGAGCUUUCGGUUCCUUCCCGAGGAUCGCAGGCUCGGGGAACGAGAUUGUAUUGAGCGUUGUAUUGGUUUAGCGGCUCUCGGCAAAAUUUAAAAAUAUUUUAAUUUUUUUUAUUUCAUUGUUCUAACCUUCACCCCCAUAAAUCACAAUGUGUCAACAAUUUCUAGCGGAAUAUUCAGAGGCACCUAUUCAGAUUAUUACAGACUAUAUUAGGCGGUUGUGCCGUUUUUGGUAUCAACCCCUCUCGUUUUUAGGCACUCGACUAGAGUUUUUACAAUCUUAAGUUGAAAAUUUAGCUUUUUCCUAUUUUUAGCAAAGUCACGAUUUUUGCACUAAGUGUUUUCAAGAAUUUAAUCAUAAAUUAAACUUUCUAAAGGUAUUUCCGAGUAGAAAAAUGCGUGAAAAAAUUUUAAUCCCCACGUGAGUACUUUUUUAAUUGCAUCUGUCCAGGGAGAAAACAACUUGCAUCUUCAGAAAAAGUUAAAUUUCGUCAAUAUUUCGUCGUAGAAAUAUUUAUACUUCGUUGUGGAAAUAAAUAGUUUAUAAUUGCCCGAUUUCAGUUUAAAGUCUCUUAUCCAGGACAUUUUUCAAUAGCCUUUGAAUAAACGAACUUAAAUUAUUGCACAUCCACGGUUCCUUCCUAAACGAGAAGCCUAAAAACUUGUUUUGCACAUUUUAAUAAUUUAAAACAAAAUUUUCGAGAGCGCCCGCAAUUUACUGACCAGUGACAGCAAAUUUCCCACCUGUUCACUUUCUGUGCAUUUUCAGAUGAUGGUUAUCUUGAGAAACGUAAUGAGUGCUUCCUUGAUCUAAGCCGUAAGGUUCAUAAAUGCUAAUGGUCUAUAUGUCCAUCAACCUGCUUUAUUGUAUAGCAG